AUGUUGUCCGCCGGCAGUGCCAGCCCCCAGCGCCUGCGAACGAUGUCUCACGCAGAAGGGCCUUCGUUGACCGACUUACCAGCCGAGUUGCUCUAUGAGGUCAGUGAGCACUUGUCUAUCAUGGCCCAUGCCUACUUGGCUGCAACCUGUCGUAUACUCCAGGCUGCUCUCGUUCCAGAGCUCUACAAACGUGACCGCAAGACUGGAACAUACAGAACACUGUCGUGGGCUGCCUGUACUCGAAAAUCCCAGGCCGUGGCAACCAUCGAGCGCGCCAGGUCAUACUGGCCUCCCGGCAACCACCAUUUGCAGGUUUACUUCAGAACAAGCAAGGCUCACCAUGGCAAGAGCUUGAGGUAUCUCACUCCUCUCAUGGCAGCUAUCCAGGCUGGCAACCACCUUGUAGUCUGCUACUUACUUGACAACGGUGUCAACAUCCACCAGUGUGAGCAGAGCCCUGCACAUCGGGACACUCUUUGGUACCCCAUCCAUCAUGCAGUCAUGAUGGAUCAUUUCACCCGACCCGCCAACCAUUAUCCUACAAAACAUAAGCUGGACGUCAUUCACCUUCUCAUCAGCAAUGGUGCCAACCCCAACCAGCUGUCGUCGCCAAAUCCUGGCCGCAAAUCGAGCCCCAACAGCCGCGGCAGAGUCACUCCGAUGCACCUGGCUAUCAAGAAUGGGGCAGACAACCAUGUCAUCGACAUGUUGAUCGACUCAGGCGCAGCAGCCACUCGAGUUCCAUACUGCGGAGUCCCAGACCAACACUUUUCCAACAUCACGCCCAUCAGCCACUUGCUCAAUGCCUACGACGAACCCACUGAAGGUCACUGCCUUGCCGUCCAGAACAUCGCCGCCAAUGGCGGCGGUGCAGGAAGCGAAGCCCAGAUGUACACCGUGUCUGGACAUCCUUUGCUCAUCGACUUCCUAUCAAAGCCUCGCGCAUCGCCCUUCACAGCCAAGAUGGUCAAAGAAAUACUCGAGGGCGCUUGGGUCAGGUUUGAAGACACUACCCAGGAUGGCGACGGCGCUAUCCUCCACCUUCUCAAGAGUCACAUGAAUUGGAAGCCUCCCAAGCCCUACGACAAAAGACUGAUUCUGCAUCAUGAGGAGCAGAACGACAUGAUCAGAAUUGCAACUACCACUUGCGACACCAUCGACGUGCUCCUGCAACACCAUGCAGAUAUCGAAGAACGAGACGCGUCUGGCAGGACUCCCAUACACGUCGCUGCAGGCCUUCACAGGCACUACUCAGGUAUCCUCGACCAUCUCGUCACAUGCGGAGCGAAUGUCAGAGCCAGGUCGUCUGAUGGCUGCACAGCCCUCCAUGCACUUGUGAUGGGCGACCCAGGCGCUGAUCAUACCCUCAUCACGCAUCUCAUCAAACACCACAAGAUUGACCGCUUUGCUCGGGACGAGAACGGCAAUACAUUUUUGCACAAGCUGGUCACUUGCCAUGUCACUCCCUACCACAAGUGGAUCUUUGAAGCCAGCAAGCACUAUAGCAGGCAGCACUGGAGCAAGUAUCGCAACAAUGCCGGGGAGAGUCCAAUGGAUGUCGUGAGGAAAUCCGCUUUGCCCAGAGAGGAGUGGGAUGCCGGGCAAGUAGUGAGGAGUGCUAGGGAGGCUUGGAUUGACGAGGCAUACAAAGACAAGAGGGAAUACAAAGAUAAGAAGACAUGCGGGGGACACUCUAGUUAG